UGGAAGUCUAAGCGAUAAACCAGGCGCAGGCGCACCCUUCAAAACCCCCUGCAUCCUUUGCAUCUCUGCAGUCUGCCCCCUCCAGCUCGAUCGACACCAUCGCCUACCCUGCCAGUCAACCCAGCAGUCGAUCAUGAGGAACACUCUUCUCCUUUCGUUGGCCUGUCUCGCGCAGUCAACAAGCGCUCUCACUCUGCACGAGCGCGCCCAGCCCGCUACAGUACAAUAUGAUAUCCAUCGGCGACAGGGCUUGCGCCAUGCUCGCCACAAACGAUCGGCGCCGGAGACAGAUAUCGACAACGAAGAAACGUAUUAUGCGAUCACUUUAAACCUCGGCACCCCCUCACAGGCGGUGGAAGUGAUUCUGGACACCGGCAGCAGCGAUCUCUGGGUCAACGCAGGGAACUCGAGUUCCGACAACCCCUACGGAGUCUUCGAUUCAUCCUCUUCCUCCACAUUCAAAGUUGUCAACGACGAGUUCGCCAUCAUGUAUGUGGACGGAAGCGGGGCCAUUGGCGACUACGUGACCGACACCGUCGCCUUUGGGAACGUAACCCUGACCGACUUCCAGUUUGGUCUGGCUGAGGAGAGCAGUACCCAACAGGGCGUAUGUGGCAUCGGAUACGCCAGCAACGAGUACGCCGACCUCCGCAACGACGAGGGAUACGCGAACCUGCCGGAGGCCCUCGUGAACCAGGGCUACAUCAAAUCCGCCGCGUACAGCCUGUGGCUGGACGACAUCGACGCGGGCGAGGGCACGAUCCUGUUCGGCGGGAUCAACACGGCCAAGUACACCGGCAGCCUGCACACCUUGCCCAUCCAAGCCGAACAAGGCGAGUACUCGGAGCUGGCGGUCAACCUGAGCGGCGUGCACGUCACCAAGGCCGGAAAAUCGAUCAGCGUCAAUAACACCGCCUUCCCCGCCGUCAGCGUCCUGGACAGCGGCACCUCGCUGACCUACCUCCCCACGGGCACCGCCAUGGACAUCAUCGGCGCCGUGGGCGGCGAGUACUACGAGAGCCAGGGGCUGGCCGUCCUGAAAUGCGACGCCGCCAGGAAGAGCGACUACGAGAUCGUCUUCGCCUUCUCCGGCUUCAACCUCUCCAUCCCCCUGAGCGACAUGCUCCUGGAAGCCAGCUUAGGGUACUGUGCCCUCGGCGUCGCUCCGGAGAGCGAGACCGCGAGCGGCGGCAUCUACCUGCUGGGCGAUACCUUCCUGCGCAGCGCCUACGUCGUCUACGAUCUCGCCAACAACGAGAUCCACCUCGCCAAGACGAACACCAACCCCGGGCCCGACCAUGUCCUGGAGAUCGGGACGGGAGCCACGGCCGUGCCCCAGGUGACGGGGACGCCGAACACGCAGACUGCGAGUGCCGCGACCGCGACCGCGACGGGGAAGAGCGGCAGCGGCAGUGGGAGCAGUGGCAAGGGCAGUGACAGUGACUCGGACGAUAAGAAGGAGAACUGGGCCCCUGCGUUGCGCACUGACUUCGCAUCUCUCUUCGCCAGUGUGUUCUUCGUGACCCUGCUCUUGGCGUUGUAGAUGCUCGGUUGUCCUUGUGAAUGGGAGCCCCCCGCUGUAUAUAUUGUUCAUAUGUAUUAAUGAUGAUGAGCCGUAUCGACUUGUAUAUAUGCCACACCCUCUCCAAAUAUGAUUGCAAAGGCUUACUGCCGCGAG